AUGGAGCCUGAUUUCGAACGUCGUCUUAUACAAUCAAUGUCAGGUUGUUCAUCUCUUUCUUCAUCACCAUUUUCAUCUCCAAUAUCAUCUCCAUCACCGAUCAAACACAGUGAUCGUUUCAUUCCACUUCGAAGUUUAUCACAACCGUCUGCAUUUUUUAUUGAUCAAGAACAAACACAUAAAGGACCAAUGAUUGAUAAAAAAUCUUCUCGUGAUCCAUCAACAACUACAAAUACAAAUACAAAUUCUUCAACAAAUGGAACAACAAUAGCUGCUGAUAGAACGAAAGAUAUAUUAACUUAUCAAGCUUUAUUACAAAAUGAAAUAUUUGGUACACAAAUUGAUAGUCUAUAUGAUGAACAACAUAUGAAUAGUGUUUAUGCAAAUAGUAACAGUAAUCAUCAUCAUUCAACAGGAACUACAAAUCAACCUGGAACUAAUGAUUCACCUAUUAGUGGAGGAAUUAAUACUCAAGGAGGAACAGCAACAGUAAAUGGACCAUCUGUCAGUGGAGUAAUUCAUACAACAUCAAUAUCAGGAACUAAUGGUAUUCUUUCUCAAUCAUCUCAACAACGUUUACCAUAUACAAAUACAAAUUCAAAUUUAUUACGUACACGUGAUCCAAAUACAAUAUUUCGUUAUUCUGCUCGUCGUAAUACAGAUGAUUUACAUUAUUCUCCUUAUUCUCUAUCACCAUUAUCACCAGCAUCUAUUCGUCUUUUACGUUCACCACGUAAACAAUUACGAAAAAUUCCUAAAACUCCAUUUAAAGUUCUUGAUGCACCAGAACUUCAAGAUGAUUUUUAUUUAAAUUUAGUUGAUUGGUCAUCAACAAAUAUUUUAGCUGUUGGACUUAAUGCAUCUGUUUAUUUAUGGAAUGCAAAUACAAGUAAUGUAACACGAUUAUGUGAUUUACAAACUGAAUCAGAUACAGUAACAAGUGUAGCUUGGAGUGAUCGUGGACAAUAUGUUGCUGUUGGAACUCAUAAAGGUAUUGUUCAAAUCUGGGAUGCAACAACAAAUCGUAAAACAGUUUCAUUUCCACGUCAUACAGCACGUGUUGGUGCAUUAGCUUGGAAUGAUUAUUGUAUAUAUUCAGGUUCACGUGAUCGUUUUAUAUUACAAAAUGAUACACGUUCAAGUAAACAAGAACGUAAAUUAGCUGGACAUAGACAAGAAGUAUGUGGAUUAAAAUGGUCACCUGAUAGACAAUUAUUAGCAAGUGGUGGAAAUGAUAAUCGUUUAUUAGUAUGGAAUCAAUCAUGUAUGAAUCCGAUACAAAUUUAUACUGAUCAUACAGCAGCUGUUAAAGCUAUUGCGUGGAGUCCACAUCAACAAGGUCUUUUAGCAAGUGGUGGUGGAACAGCUGAUCGUUAUAUUCGAUUUUGGAAUACAUUAACUGCACAAAGUUUACAAUGUAUUGACACUGGAUCUCAAGUAUGUAAUUUAGCUUGGUCUAAACAUUCGAAUGAACUUGUAUCAACGCAUGGUUAUUCACAAAAUCAAAUUGUUGUUUGGAAAUAUCCAUCAAUGUUACAAUUAGCUCGUUUAACAGGACAUACAUUUCGUGUAUUAUAUUUAGCUGUAUCACCAGAUGGUGAAUCAAUUGUAACAGGUGCCGGAGAUGAAACACUUAGAUUUUGGAAUGUAUUUACAAAAUGUCGUGCCAAUAAGGAAUCUGACAGUGUACUUAAUUUAUUUAAUAAAAUUCGAUGA